AUGGCUGGAUGCCACCCCUUUGGAGCGCUGCACCUAAACAAGCUGGACAGUGCUCGGGUACUGGAUGAGCUAUGCGUUGUCUGCUCAGAGCUGGGCUGUAUAGAGGCGGUCUACUAUCUUAUAUUCUGUACAUUCACGGUGACCGUCCCAUUUUACCUGAACGGCGCAGCCAGUGCCGAACUUCGCACCCCGUUCCCCGUCAUUGCACGCUCUGGGUAUGGAUUUUAUUUCAGUCGGGUUCCUGUGGUGGUCAUAAUGGCAACCGCACUCUUCUGGCACGCCAUUCAAACUUAUUCCGGCUCAACUAAUAUGAUACAAAUCAUCAGAGCUAUUUGGCCUUCUUAUCUUAACAUUUCCAAUCAUCUACCGGCCUCAGCAGGGAUAACCACUCAGCAGAUGGUGUCUCACUUCCUGUUUUGGUCCGUUCAGUUCCCCAUCCUCCUAAUUCCGCCACACAAGAUUCGUGGUGGUUCUUUGUUGCAAAGACAGUCAUUGUUCUUACGGCUGCUGUGGGAACUGUAA